UGCAGGAGAAAAAAGAAGAAGAAUAAGAUGGAUGAUUGACUUUGUCAAACUCUAGAUAAGACAGUUGUAAAAUUCCCAAGUGUUUUUCCAAGCGUUUUUUCUAUAUAGAAUGAAAAAUUCCUGUCCUUCUAAGUAUGUACGAAAAAAUUUUGGAAUACGAGGAACCCCCAAAGCCAGAAAUUAAAAUUGACGAUUUCGAGGGUGGCAUCACCACCAGACUGAUGGCCAAAAGGGUGAGCGGAAGCAGUUACGAGGCAAGGAGAAGCAGCCUUAACUUCCCACCAGGUUCAUUCGUUCCAAAUUCGAAUAUUAUGCUCAACCGUAGGAAGUCUCAGAUUGAGGAAGAAGCCACCCUUAACAUCUACAAGCUGGGCCUUAUUCACAGAUACCAAGAGCGCUUCAGGCUCAGGGAUAACAGUCUCAAACUUGGUGGCCUACAGGGAAGAGCACCCAGAGAAGAGUACCAUGUCAGAAUCUCCAACAACCUCUGACUCUCCACUUCAGAAAAAUGAGAGAAUCAGUCAGGAGGAGAUCUCGUAGUAGCAGUAGAAACUCACUGAGCACCCAGAGGACGUCCCAAAACGACCAGGAGAAGUCUGUCAGGGUGUCGCGCAGGACUUCUGUAUUAGAAGUUGCGGAAGUUCGAAAAUCAUCACCACAGUCUUUGAAGAGGUCUAUCGACAACUCAGACCAAGAGGUUGAACUCUUAAACGUUGACGAAUUGGUCAAUGCAGACAGGCGAGGGUCCAAAGGAAGAAACUCUAAUCCCAGAGUAUCAUUUCAGAAAGAACAAGAAAGAGAAGCUUUAGCUCUGAUGGGACACAAACCGAAUACUUAAUAUAGUAACAUA